CCGGUCCGGAAAUGCCCAUGCUCUCUCGCAUGCCGCUUGCCUCUUUAAUCUGUCCUUCGGCGCCCUUUCUCGCUCCCCGCCUGCUCCGCGUCUCGACUCCUCUCGCUACCCUCUCGGCACGAUGCUCCACUGCGUCUCCAGGCCUUCAACGGCCGACAUAUGCGACAAAGUCAAGCGGAAAGGGAAAAGCCAAGGCUAAGGGCAAGGCAAGCUCGUCAGCCCCGUCCCAACCUGAUACUUGGAGGAUUAAGAGGCUCUCCCGAGCAAAUGAAUCUGCGCCAUUGCUACAGCGCUUCCGGCAUGUAUGCGUUGCCAGGAAUGCCAGGGCUCUGAUGGAUCUAUAUCCAACUGUAGCUGCUUCAGGGUUGCUUGAGCCCAACGACACCCGGCGCAUUGCCCAGGCAUUACACGCCCACGUCCGCAACAUCCACCUCUCCGACACUACCAUGUCCGAUGCACUUCCCUUCGUUCAGCAGCUGGCCCAACAUAUCCAGAAUGGCGUGUUGCCGCCUCACCCAUACGCGCAUGUUCAUAUCCUGGGGAUAUACAAAGAGUGCAAGAAGUACGGCGAAGGCUAUGCCUUCUGGCAGUGGCUCGUUGAGAAAGAUGAGAACUUCGUGAACCAGGCUGUUUAUGGGGCCGCCAUUGAGCUGAUGGCUUAUGGAGGAAUACACAAUCUUCCAGAUCUCGAGAAUAUAUACCUCGACGGACUCAAGCGCUUCCCGAGCACCUUUGCAGAGUACCAUCUUUCGCCGGACGCCAUUGUACCAGACCGCAGUCAGCCAUUCCCGGAUAUACGCCUUCCGAUACUCCUACUACAAGGCAUCUUAACUGCCCGCAUCCUAUGCCGCGACUGGAAAAACGCAUAUCUGGCUCUCGACACGGCGCUGCGCAUCUUCCCCACGCGCCUUCCUCCCCGCUUCUUUGAACUGUUCAUCAUCGAAAGGCCCUUGCCUGAGGCAUAUACAGUCUACUUAGUCGCCUGUCGCACAGGAGUUGCCUUCAAGCCCAGCCACCUGACAUCCCUUAUAAAGAAGCUUCGCGCCGCAAUGGCAUCGUCGUCAUCUCUGCAAGACCGCAUACUGAUCCUUCGUGCCAUUGCGAAUGCUAUUUAUGCGUAUCUCGAAGCCGGAGGCACGCUAGAAGGCGUUCACGUAGGCGCUUUCCUAACUGCUUUCGACACCCUACUCCCCGAAAUCGGCCCUGGGGCGGACUAUGACGGACAAGAGGCGGAGCUUCGAAACGUCAUUAUCACUACUGCGCACGAGAUCAUGUCGACGCUUAUCCAAGCUGGCAUGCCCCCUCAUUCGAAUCUGUUCACAUCCCUCAUCCACCUCGCCGGGAAAUUACGCGUCCCUGAUCUACUCAACGUCUCCCUGCAAGACGUCAAGACAGCCCGGUUGGAUAUUGGAGAAAUAGGGAGGAGGACAGUUCUCACUUCUGCUGGACUAUUAAAGAAUAAGGACUUGAUCGAGGAUUGUUGGUCCCAGAUCACCUCAAUUGCCGAAACCGAAGGCAAACAGAUUCCGUACGAGGACUGGGUUACGUUCGUGAAGGCAUCCAGGCGCGCUAAUCACGCCGAUUUCUUCACCGAGCAACUUCUACAAUUCGAGCAUACUGUCUCCGGCUCUCUUCGAGAGGGGUUACUCACCCUACUGGAUCAGCAAGAAUCUCGGCCGAAGGACGACAAAUAUGCAUUAAUGACACCAGUAGAUUUUGGUACCGAGAUCGAUAAGCUAAAGCGUCAAACUAAGAACAUUGCGGCGGUGGUCAUGUCCGGACAGCCUUUGGAUCUACGGAAGUCGCCGUUCUAUAUGUUUCUCGAUCCGGAAAGACAGCCACUUGCCCCGCUCAACACGCUACGUGCCGUAUAUGAUGAGCUCACUGUCGACCCUCAUCAGCCGCCCCUACCGUCGCUACCGGAAGGGCCUCCAGUCUCGUCGGCUCUAAGCCCCACAGGGAUUCCGUUUGACAAAUUGCGAUUCCUCAACUGGGUAUCGAUUGCGGAAUUGAUGAACGAAGCUACAUCUUUCGAGAAAGCACGCGCUCUCAAGGUAGCCCACAGCAUCAAGCAUGGAAAGCCGUUGAACGGCGUUCGUGAUGAAUCGGUGCUCGUUCGCCGAAGUGGGAACCAGAUGCCUAGACCGCCAGUUGAUCAACUGCGGAGAAUGAUCAAGUCCCUGCGUGCUCCCGAUUCCGACGAUCCUGCUGUCUUCCGCAGAGUUCUUUCAGAGCGCCCGAUUGCACACCCACCGAACAAGUAUCGGCCUACCGAUAAUAGCGGGACCGCGGCCACAUCGAAGGCAUCGUCUUCCGAGGAGGGACCCCAGGAACCCCUAGCCGAGUCUGCAAUUCCUACAAGUGGUACCCACACUGACCCCAGCCUGCGAUACUAUAUUUCCCUGGAGUCAUCGCACGAUGCUCCCGCCAAACCAACGGUCAGUCGCAGGCCGCUCGGUCUACCACAGAAAACGAGCCAUCACGCACUGCGACUACAACCUACGCCACCUUCCACUCCCACAUCCGCACCCCAACCCGCGCCGUCAAGCAUCGACGAGCCGCCCACGGAAACAGCACCAAGCACCAACACUUCGUAGAUACCCGGAUUUUCCCCAUGUACAACACUAGCAUCUUGUUAUGGCAUCGCAUGUACAAUAUGUAACCAAAAAUAGACGGCGUAUGGCAGCUUCUCUCUCGUUCUCUUGGCCGCGGGAUGUAUAUUAGAAAUGUGCGCGUUGGUGGACCGUUUAACUCUUAUCGUGCAUUGCAUUGCAGCGCAGCGCGUCGCUAGCGAUGCCGUCGUCCAAAAUUGAAAGCGCCUUGACUUAGCUUCACCGAACUUUAUUUCGACCUUUCUUCCAAUACUGAAAGGGUCAUCGCGCAGCAGCCUGAC